AUGAAGUUCUCAACUAUAUUUGCAUCCAUUUCCAUAGUCACAAUUGCAGCAUCUAAACCAAUCUUGACUCCAAGAUCAGAUCCUUUGGGAUUAGAUGUAACCCCAAGAGAUUUAACAGAUUUAUAUCAAGAUAUUCAAGAUAGAGAUUUAUUGACAUACGCUGAAGAGUUAGCCUCAUCAAUCAAUCUUACUUCAAUCAUUGAUUCAAUUGAUUUUGAAGGAAUAGCAGGUUGGGCAAAUAAUUUAUUAACAGAAGAUGAUAAUGUUAAAUAUUUGGAUUAUAUUUUGGAAUUUAUUGGUACAACUAAUUUGGUUCCAGCCGCAAUAAGUUAUAUAGUCAGUAAUAAUUCAACAAGAAGUAUUGCAGGUGAUGCUGUUGUUGGAUUAUUAGGAGUUGCUGGUCAAUUUGAUAUAACUCCUGUUUUUGUUGCAUUAAAAAAUUCAGGUUUACUUUAUACUUUAAUUGCUGAUUUAAUAGAAAACCCAAAUACUUUACCUUUUGUUAUUCAAGUUGUUAAAGACACUUUAGCUGGCACAAGUUUUGGUAAUAUUGUUAAUGGUAUUGGUGGUAGUGGAAGUACUACUAUUCAAGUUUCUGGAGCUGUUGGAAAUACCGCUGCUCUUACACUUGCCACUGGUUCACUUUCAAAUUUGGGUAGUUUAUCAAGUUUGGGUUCUAGUUUAAGUUCAUUUGCUACUGCUGCUAUAUCAAAUAUAAACACAAAUGGUGGAUCAGCUAAUGGUGGUGCUGGUGGUGUUACUUUUGGUAUUCCUCAAGGAUCAGUUGAUGUCAGUAAUAUUAAUACUGCUUCAAUUGCCGCAUUAAUUUCAGCUGCUGCUGCUCAAGAAAGUGGUAACACUCAGUUAACACUUAAUGCUGCUGGUACUACAACUACUAGAGCUCAAGCUCAAUCUACACAAGUUGCUCCUGCAACUACUCAAGCUCCUGCUGCUACUACUGCUGCUGCUGCUAACGGAAACGGUGGUGUUACAUCAUAUGAUUUCAGAACUAUUCAAGGUCCAGCUUUCCAAUCACUUCCACCAUCACAAUUUGGUAUUGGAGCUACUACAAUCAACUAUUCAGCAUUAGCUCAAGUCACUGCUGCUCUCGGUGGAGGUGGUUCUAAAAAAAGAGAUGAUUUUGUCGAAGAAGUUUUACAAGCUAUGAAACAAAAAAGACAAGAAACAGAUGAAGUAGCAAUUGCUUUACAAAACAUGAAAAGAGAUAAUAUUGAAGAUUUAUUAACUACUAUUUUUUCAUCAAUUACAAGAUCAGGUUUACUUAAUGAAACUAUUCAAUAUUUAGUUACGGAUGAUCAAUUUGAAGGAGCAGUCGUUCAAAUUUUAACUGGUGUUUUUGCAAACAUUGGUUCAACUUUAUCAGGUGCUUUAAAUACCGACUGGUCUAAACUUGUUCCAUUAGUCAACUCAUUAUUAAACUCAGGAUUAUUAACAGACAUUAUCACUAGAGCUUUUAAUGAUCAAGAUUUGAAAAAUGCUUUAUAUAGAGAUUUACAACAAAUUUUCAAAAGAGAUUUAGAAUUAACUGAAUUACAAUUAAGAGAUUUAAAAUUCAUUGCUAGAGAUCAAUUUGCUAACUCAUCUGUAUCAAUUUCAACAGUUACUCAAUCAACCAUUCACAAUGCCACUAAUUCUUCAAGUGUUGUCACAGUUAAUGGUGCUAUUCCAAACACAAAUAAAUUUGCACCAAUGGCGCUUGCAGCUAUCGGAUUAUCCGCAUUAAUCUUAUAA